ACACACACACAAUGUCAAAAAAAUAACUUUGAUAAAUAAGAGAAGUAAAUAUGAAUGGGAAGUUUUUGAUGAAUUUACCCGAAUCUCCAAGUUCUGUUGAGUUGGGGAAGAGGAGAUGAGCAUCUGCUUGGUUUCAAAGUUGCCAUCUUUUACUUCCACUGGAUCUGUCUCCUUCGCUCCCAAAACAUACCCUUCACUUUCAUCAAAGUCACUACUUUUCCCUAUCAUCCAGCCUCCUACCCGUCCUAGAUUUCAACGCCCAAUCAGAGCUACAGCAGCCAUGGCAGCAGAGCAAAGUGGAGGCACAAGCACUGCCAGCAACACCUCAAACCCAGCCAUGAAACUUCUGUUUGUGGAGAUGGGUGUUGGUUACGAUCAACAUGGGCAAGAUAUUACAUCAGCAGCAACGAGGGCUUGCAGGGAUGCAAUUUCUUCUAAUUCAAUCCCUGCAUUCAGGAGAGGAUCCAUACCUGGGGUCUCUUUUGAGCAAAUGAAACUACUGAUCAAGUUAGGAGUUCCUCAUUCUCUCCAGCAGUCAUUGGAUAUAGAGAGGGUGAAGUCUGUUUUUCCUUAUGGAAAGAUUUUGGACGUUGAAGUUGUGGACGGAGGACUAAUAUGCUCAAGUGGUGUGCUUGUAGAAGAAAUGGGAGAUAAGAAUGAUGACUGUUACAUAGUCAAUGCUGCAGUUUAUAUUGGCUACUAGUUGUAUCCCCAUUGCCUUCUUGAAAGUUUCUUUUAAGGAGUCCUCCCUGAGUCCUGCCAACAUGUGGGCUUCAGCCUUCGGGCACCUAUGGUGGAUAUGGAAGGUGGGAUACUUUUGGCAGAUAUUAUUUGUAUAACUGCUGUCUUUGUAUCUAGCUGCCUGAUCCGGUAUGACGUGUUACUUUAACAUUGGUGAUUUUUCAAGCACUCUAAUUUUGCCAGAAAAACAAGUGGACUUCUUUUUGUACAAAGUGUUUCAUUCAGACAAUGAUAAUUUACUGCU